UGAGUAAUAUGGUUUUAGUUUAACCUAUUCCAUUAAAAUUAAAGUUCUCUGUUCUCUCAUUGCUCUCCGUUCUAAAUACCCCGUAUCCGACAAUUAUUGUCAUAUUUUUUCUUACUUCACUAUUGAAACUAUCAGAGCCACUAUCCAAUCAAAAUGGCUUCAAUUGCAACCAAGUUCCGUCCACUCUUUGAUCGAGUUUUGGUCAAACGUUUGGACGCUGUUAAGCAAAGUAAAGGAGGUAUAAUGUUACCUGAAAGUGCUGCGAAAAAAAUYCGUGAGGCAACUGUCAUAGCUGUAGGUCCAGGAGCUAGAACUCRGGAUGGAAAAACAGUACCAAUUGAUGUUAAUGUUGGUGACCGAGUAUUGUUACCAGAAUAUGGUGGUACUGCAAUUCAAUUAGAUGAUGACGACUCAUACACAAUUUUCAAAGAAUCAGAAUUAUUAGCUAAAGUAGAGUAAUUAU